AUGGAGGUUUAUUUAUUGGAGGGCAACCGGUCGAAAGCUCCAACUAGACCAAAGCGAAGAAAAGCCGAGUUUCUUCGAUCUAGUAGCGGCAGCUCAGUUGACCUUGACAACUGGGAUAGUAUGCUGGACCAAGAAACGGGAUCGCGUGGUGUUACCUCAGCUUGGAUGACGGGCUCUGCUUGGGGUUGGAUUUCGGAAGGCGAUUUGAAGACUAUGGAAGAAGUGUCCUGGGCAGAUCAUCGAUCCGGUCCUGAGACGGCAGCCAAUUCCCGAAAAAAUCCUUAUAUUCUUCGGUGUGUGGCGUUAUCCCGAGAAUUUCUUGCUUCUCCCCAAGGUGAGGCUGCAAUGGGUGCGGAAGGCUACUUGCCAACUGCAGUGUCUUGCGACUCUGACACGAGACGAACUGCUCUUGGCACGAUAUUGGUGGGAAUACAUUUAUUUCGUGAGGAGCAGAAGUUGUCUACCAUCAAUACAGAGAGUUCUUAUUCGAAAGCUGGCCUUCUUGCCCCAGUCUUAGCACAAAUCGGUGGAUGGCUAGGGUGGGAAUCCUGGGAUUGGAAAGAUCAUGGCUAUUACGGCGUCGAGAUGGCGAGUAUAGAUCGAUGGCUAUUUGAAGAAUCCAGAAUUUCAACUUUGGACUUACCUGAAGAGCCUUUCCCCCCACCUUCGAUACUCUCAUUUAUUGAAAAAUCUCUGAACCAUGAACAAGUUAAAUUCUUGACGAUUCUCGACAUAGUACCAAGCUCCGCGUCACCAGCUAGGCGAGAUUCUGCCAUGCAGCGAGCUAUGAGGCUCACACCAAGGACUUUGGCAUUGAGUGGGUUCAUUUCCGAGCUAAAACCACAAACUACUAUUGAGGAACGAGUGGAACUGUUGUUUCGUUGGGGCUUAACAAGUUCCGUAAUUGAUACCCUUCCUGACGGAAUCAGUGCUUCCCUUCACGAAGCGAUUGCUCAAUGCCAGCCGGCGCCUCCAAGCCACUGGGGUGGCUCCAUGUUCGCAUUGAUCGACAGAGGCGACCUUCUCAUGUCGAUGACUGAAGAUAGUGCCAGUACUCCAAUAUCAAGGUCUCCAUUUAUCCAAUCCCACGAUGCUUGUGUUAUGAAACCGUCAAAUGUUACAAUUAGUGCUGAAAAGUCCGCUUUCUCGGAAGACAAAGUUUGCUGGGCAUUUUUCCACAAUGGCGCCUCGACUGGACUUGCAUUAUCGAAGGCCGCGAAAGGUAUCAAUACGUCCUGGAUAUUGUAUAAUAAACCAACGGAGCUGACGAAUAGACAUGCUGGCUUUUUACUUGCGCUGGGUUUGAACGGGCACUUGAAGUCUUUGGCAAAAUGGGUUGCUUUCAAAUAUUUGACCCCUAAACAUACUAUGACUUCCAUUGGUCUUCUGUUGGGUCUGUCCGCUUCUUAUCUCGGCACUAUGGAUACUUUGAUAACACGCUUACUUUCAGUUCAUGUAACUCGAAUGUUACCUCCAGGAGCCGCAGAAUUGAAUCUGUCCCCAUUGACACAAACUACUGGAAUUAUGGGUAUUGGUUUGCUAUAUUGUAACUCGCAACACCGCCGGAUGAGCGAAGUUAUGCUGUCAGAAAUGGAAAACACUGACCACGAAGAGCCAUCUGCUACCCAAGAAAUACUGCGAGACGAGGGAUAUCGUUUAGCCUCAGGCUUCGCUUUGGGUUUCAUAAAUUUAGGCAAAGGGAGCGAUUUAAGAGGGCUCCGUGAUAUGCAUAUUGUGGACAGAUUAUUAGCUCUUGCUGUUGGGACCAAAAGCGUGGAUGUUGUUCAUAUCCUGGACAAAGCCACUGCAGGAGCGACUGUUGCAUUGGCGAUAAUCUUCAUGAAAUCAAACGACGCGACUGUUGCUGAAAGGAUCGAUAUCCCAGACACGGUUGCUCAGUUUGACUAUGUGCGGCCAGACAUCUUCCUGCUUCGAACAUUGGCCAAAAACUUGAUAAUGUGGGAUUCUAUUGUCGCAAGCGAUAGAUGGAUCAAGAACAAUCUCCCAUCUAUUUAUAAGCGUAAAUAUCGCGUUACGACAUUCGCAACUGCCCAGGAUAUUAUUGCAUUAUCUGCAGCAGCUGUCAUGGCUGGAACUGGAGACCUCAUAGUGUUUCGCCGUCUUCGAUCACUUCAUGGCCACGUUAAUGCAGAUACGCCAUACGGAACGCUACAUGGCAGCACACAUGGCUAUCGUCAGCUUACAACAGCACCGUGCCUACUCCCUAAUAUAGAUGAUCUCGCUACCGUGAAGGUACAAAGCCCGGAUCACUGGGAUCUGACUCUCGACUUUGCUGACAACCCGGACCUCCGAGACAAAUUCCGCUUGGGUGACCAAUCUGUUUAUCUCCGUAGGCGAGCUGUUUAUACUGGGUCCUCUACCUCGGAAUUUUCCUCAUCCCUGAUGGCAUUGAGCGACGUCCAGGAUAUCCCUUCAUCUUCCUCCCCUGGCUACUCUCGGGCAGUCAACACUACGCCGAAUGCAGCAGCACCUAUCUUGUAUUCCCAAGGAAAAUCAUCAAUUCAAGUCCGAUUCCCCGCACGCCACCUCUGGGAGUGGAUUUUCAACCUUCGCACCUUCCGACCUCUUGAUAUGGGUGACAAGGCGCUAGUGAUACCCUCAGUACCAUCUCAACAGCCGAUUGAGAUUUAUGCUAGGGACCACUCCGAAAUUAUUAUUUGGCCAGUUUCCUGGCUGCGUCCAAGUGCAGUGGAUACGAGGCUCGUGCUUGAAAAGACGGUCCAGCAUUUGGUGGACGCUGCAACUGGUCAAGGCGACGGGGAUGAUACGGUCAGGGAUCGGCUGUGGCAACUUAGACUCCUUUUCGCAUGGCUGGACUCAAAUGAUGACCGAACAAAAGUCGCUGCGGGAGAAACACGCUGCAGAAAGACCUUCAAAGGAAUGUGGCUUAGGGCGGAUAUUAUUGAAGAUGUUCGAUGGAGGGUGUGGGGCGUUCAAGUGGGCGACAACGGCAACGGCGGACAGCUCCUUGAGGAUAACCGAGGGAUGCCUACGUGA